GCGGGUGGGAGCGCCGCGGGCGGAUCGCCGCCUACCCCGGCCAGACCUCGGCGAGGGGCGCGGCGGCCGGGAGAGGAGGAGAAAGGGCGGGCGCGGAGGCCGGGAGGCGUUGCCCCGCCGCGCCGGAAUCGGACGCUCUCCGGGCCGAAGGAGCGAGAGGGAGAAGCAGCGCUGGGCGCCCUGCGAUCACCGCGCCCAUGGACCGCGCAGCCCCCGCCGGGAGCGCCCCAGGCUGCGUCGCUCCAGACUCGCGGUUCCCUGCGGCGCCGCGGCGGCAAGUGCAGGGCUAGCUGGCUGGGGCGCAGGGCUGGGCGGCCGGGGAGCCCCGGCCCCUGGGGCGCCGGGGCGCCGCAGGCUAGGGGCCGGCGCCGGCUGGCAGCGCCCGGCGGCUCCCAGGUCUCGGGGCGCGGGGCCGCGCCCCGAGGACGAGCACCCAGGCCUGGGGCUCGUGGUGGUUGGAAGAGGACUGUCAGAAGGAUCUGGAAAGCAGAGUUUGGCUGCGAAGAGCAAAGAUCCUUUACCUACACAGUUUACAAGAAAUGUCCAGAAAGCCAUUGAUAAAUAUAGCCGUGAAUCCAGGCCAUCAUUUUCAUCAAGUGGAAGCCCCACGCCCACUGAGGCCCCCAACUCUUGGUCCGGGUCUGGGACACAGAGUUCAACCACUGGCUUAUCUACUGAGAGGAGCUCCGUUUACUCUUGGAGAGAUGAUGAAUUUGACAAAGCUAAUGCACAAAAAGUACAGCAGUUAUUCUGGGAGGUUGAGGAAAUGCUAUUUGAAGGGAAAGUAAGCCCUCAGACCCAGAAUCUACUAGCUGAAUGCAGUGAGUGGGCAAGAAGGUCCCUCCAUCUGAGAGUAUUAGGAAGACAGCUCAUCCUGCCCACUGAUGAAGGGGUCCAGCAUUUCCAGGGCAGCGGACCUGCUUCUGCUGUCCAGAGACCUUUCUCUGAUGCCUGCACACACAAGAGCAAUGUCAGAGAGUUGUGCAUCUCUGGCUCUCAAAUAGUCUUGGCAUCGCUCCCAGCCCCUGCCCCGCCAGGGCCUGAAGGCACAGGAGUUGCCGACCUGCCAGCAUGUCCUUCCCUGGAAGAAGAGGUUUAUGGCAUGGAUGGAAAGAUUGAAGAGUAUUUCGCUUUUGACAGAAAAGAAGAUGACGAGGACUGUCUUGAAAAAAGAUCAGCUCACCAUCACAGCACGUGGCGUAAACACGGACUUCCUCCUGUGUCCCCGCAUGACUGUAUCAGAGAUGCAGUGGCUGCAGAAGUGUUUGAUCACGUCUGGACAGAUGUGGUAAAAAUACUGGAAACGCUGAUUAGAAAACACUGGGAAAUUACACUCGCAGAAGGACAAAAACCGAAAGAAAAAUUGAAAGCAGCUGGGAAUAAAUCUCCACCUGUAUUCCUAUCCCAUGUUAAUACUGAUGUGUCAAGUGUCCCCCCGUCCAGAAAUUCUCAAACUCGAAGUGUAUCCCUGGCUUCUCAUCUUAAUCCUCUUCAGAUUCAUCGCUUUUCCAACAAUUUUUAUAGUGACUUGAAUGGGGUGAUGACAAUUCAAGCAAAACCACUUCAGCAGAGACCUACCUAUUUUGCAGAUAGAACACAGAAUGAACAGGAGGACAAAGCUCUGGGUGUAGGGGCCAGUGCUUUUUCCUCAGCCCAGCAUCGUCUGGCCCGGAUCUCAGAUGCUCGCGGACUGCAGAUGCCCGCAAAGAAAACACUGGCACACAGGAGGCUGCCUUCGCUUACUUCAGAUGCACAGAGAAUAAAAAUCCCCAGUGUGUACAGUGAUGAAGUUCUUAGGGGAACAAAACUGCAAACUGGCAUGGAUCGCACGGCCUCCCCACCAGUUCAGACCUCGAGGAGCAGGUUACCCCCAAUAGGCUCAGAGACGGGGGAGCAGAAUAUGCCACUGCCCGGAUCCCACCCUGUUGCCUUCAGAGGAAGGCAUCCACAAAACCGUGUGUUGAGUGCAAUACCUGACAGUGUAGAACGAUCACCUCUUCGAGAAAGAUCUCUGACCGUGGAACAACUUUCACGGCCCAGCACAACUCAUACAUUUCAGUCAGAUACACCUCGAAAAAGUUCAUUGACACUGAUGGAGUUUGCUGGUCACAUGUGGACAGGUCAAAGUUUUUUGACAGGUUCACACUAUCCGCCUAAAUCUUUUCAGAGGACAACUUUGUCUUUAAGAAAAGAUUCCAGGUGGCCUCUUGAUGUGGCAUCACCAGAAGGACAAACUUGCUGGAACAUUCAAAGCCUCAGCACACCAUCUAGCCCUUGAAAAAUGCAAGAAGUAUUAUGUUUUGUAUCUGCCUGACAGUCUGAGAUGUUAGACCACCUGAGAGAAAUGCAGACAAAUAAGCAACUUAGUUUUGAACACUUCGCGUUGUGAAGAGAAUACAAGUCAAACUCUCCAACCUUCGAAUUGAUGGGAAGAAUUUCAAUAAAGAUUCUUUGGGUUUAGCUGAGAAUAA